AUGACAUUCCACACAUUGCAGCAAGGUGCUGGCAACGCCAAAAAAACACACUGGCCCGUAGUAAAGCUCGAUCAGUUCAGGCACCACAUUGUCAAUGCAAAAAUGUCGGUAGAUCUGCAAAUGGCUUAUAUUUACACCGUAAUCCAUGGCUAUCCUUACGAACCGUUGUACAAUUGUUCAACUAAAACUCUGGAAGAAUGGUACGCCACCGGGGCAGUGCAGUUGCCUUUAGGUAUCUAUUUUCUUGUUACAGGAACAGUCUUGGAGAUUCUUUACAUACCGUGUCUCGUUUCUAUAUGGAGAUCAAAAUUGUUCCGCAAUUCUUGCUAUAAAAUAAUGUUUUUCCUUGGUGUUUUGGACAUGUCGUCGCUUCUUGUCAACUCUAUCAUGACUGGUUAUUUUGCACUAAAAGGAGCUGUAUUCUGUACAAAUCCAGUUACGCUGCUGACUUUGGGUGCCUUCGGCUGUGGUAUUCAUCCAGUCUUUUCUCAUUUGUUUUACUGGAUGAUACUUGCUGGACAAAUAGCGUGGCAACUUAGCGGAGGACUUGUUUGCAUUAUUUACUUGGUUAUGAAUCGCACAAUUCGACGAGGUGUCAUUGAUUUUCUAGUGCCACGAAAAUGCUCGCAGAACUUCCGUCACACUUCAUCUGUAGUGACACCAUCUGGAAUUCAAAGUCAGAAUGCAAAUAAGAAGUAA